AUGCAUUUCAUCUUCAAAGCGGGCCUCACACAGGCAUGCGUGGCACCACAGGAAGAGGAGCAGUCGUCUCGUCUCCUCCAGCUGCCUCGCGAGCUGCUCUUCGCAGUGCUGGCAUGGGUACCCGCCAUUCAGACCCUGGCCUGCGUGCGUUCUACGUGCAGCGCCCUGUUCGUGGUCGUGGAAGCCAGCGGAGCGCUGCACGCCGCGCUGAUGACCCACCUCGCGGCCCACACCCGCGCACUCGUGGCCCAGCACACGUCGCCGCCACCACCGCUGACGCUGGUGGAUGGUACCACCGACGCCAAGGCCACGGCUCGAGUCAAGGUCGCGGCCCAGGCCCUGCGGGCUGCGGUGGAGGUCGGCGCGAGGCGAGUGCCGGCCGAAAUCCUCCACGAGCUCCAGCAGUCCUUCGACCCGCAGUUGCCCCGUCACAAGUGCUUCAUUGCCGCGCAGGGACUAUGGGACGAGGUCGUCGCGGCGGCCUUUGCGACGGAGCUCACCUGGGGUCCACGCCACAACCAGAAAAGUGGCCCCGUUGCAGAUGAAAGGCAUACCGUCACGCGCGACGCGUGGUCGGGCGUGAGCACGCUCCAGCUGGGGCCGCUGAAGCACAUCACCACCGCGCAAGAGCUCGACGACGCUUUCGCUAAACUGCCCCCACCCGCACCGGCGAGGCGACCCAGCAGCUGCGACGUCCGGAUACGAGCGAGGUGCUGCGAUGGUUUGCCCAACUGA